CUUGUGCACCAGUGGAGCCGCUAUCGCGGUUCGAGACGCGUCGUUUCUUGCGUGGCUCUUUGCGAGAUCAUGACAUCACGUUUCUCGACCUAUUUUUUUUCUUUUUUUUUUUCCUCUUUACAGACAGUAGUGUAAGUCGCGCGUGUGAUAAUUGCUAAACGUAAUCGGACGUGGCUGGAUUGUUCGAAAGCUGCUACUGGUUACCACGAGAUCGUUUCGUCCGGAUGCUUUUUCCUCUUUCUCUCUCUCUCUCUCUUUCUCUCUCUUUCGAGCAAAUCGUCAAGGCUCCCCCCAGUGAUUUACAGUGAUUUAAAAAUCAGGAUGAAGGAUUCCUGAUUCUCGCUGUGAAAGUGUUCGAAUGUGUACUCUAUUAGCUUCGAAAACUGUGUGUAAUACGUUUGAAACGCGCGACACGAAAAGGACAGGGAGAGCCGGAACCAAAAUCGAAUCUCGUGAUCUCUUACUUAAUGAAAAGGAACAAGAGCGGAUCAUUCCUGUCGCUUUCUCUCCGAGCUUUGUUACCGUGAAAAAGCUCUUUUCAACAUUAUGUCCCGAAUGGUCUCCGUUCGAGAGAGCGUGCUUCGUGACCGAAUAUCCGAAGAAUAGUGAAACAACAGGUGUCUACACGUUCUACGCGCCAAGUUGAGCGAUAACGGGAAUGAAAGUAACAUUCUGUUCUAUCGUCAGUGGAUUACGAUACUCGGACAAUUGGAGAAUCAGUUGAAACACAAGUUCGUUUCCUUUCUACGAAAUUUGGUCGUCCGGUAGAAGACCAAAAGCAAGAAGAAUUCUUAAUCAAAGUGUGUGCACGUUCGAGUCGGAACACGUUCCGGGGAGAAAAUAAAAGACAUCUAGGGGGAUCGGUAUCGAAACACAAGUUAGAAGAGGACAAAGGCGUACGGAGUCGUGAGUUUUUUAGAUACUGUCGGAGAGCGUCGCGAGCGGUGGGAAAAAAAGCACAGCACGAAUGGAGAACGAAAGGCAAGCGAGGACACGAAUAAUUGAAGUUGAAAGCCAGGAGAGACGGGAAAGAUGUCUGUAAAGCAAAGGCAACGGUAAAAACAUAAAAGAACGCGUUUAAAAUCCGUGCUAGUGUGUAGGAUUGCUGGAUUGCGAGGGGUUGGUGGGAAAAAUUGAUGGAGAUGGUAGUGGUAGUGAUAGAGAAGCGCGAAACACAGCUACGCGUACUAGUAUGAAAAGCAUAAAGGAGAAGCGGUAAAUAGAGGAUGAAAGAAAAAAAGAGAGUAGGAUGAAUGGAAAGAGAAAUACGUAGUGUUCGAGUAGAGAAGAGUACUCGAUCGAAACAGAGGAAAGAGAAAGGUGUAUACAGUGAGAAAAAAAGGCACGUGGUGUUGUAUGUGGUGGUAAGCGAGAACGAGGCGGGAACGUGGAUGGAAAAAAAAGUAAGAAAAAUAGGAACAGAAAGAAGAGAAGCGUGAACGGCGAAGUUUCGGAUUAAAGUGUAUGGGAUAGUGAAGGAAGGUUGAAGAAGAAGAAAGAAGAAAGGAAGGCGCGUUACAUCCUGGAGUUCGAUGUUCAGAGUCGUACGAUGGCCGGGGCUCUGUCCGAGAAUGCCCCGAGGCCUGUCAGUGUCGUCGCGGUAGGCGGUGCAACCGUUGACAAUGCGAGGAGUAACCAGAUCAACAGACCGCAGGAAUCGCGGGACAAUGCUCGGUCUUUCACUUCAACGGAGGCGCAAACGGAACUCCCACUGCAAAGUGGUCCAGAGGCGCUGGAGGACCUCGACGGUGUUCGCAGUGCUCGUCGAAGAGAGAGGCGAUUGCGGAGGCAACAUCGUCGAGCCUUGAGAUCAUGCUCGAUGCCACCAUCUUAUCCUGGAACAUCGGCGGGAUGUCAGGCUUCUUCCACAGCGCCGGGUGUACCGCUGGUCACUCCCACCAGGGGAUUUCUGCAUCUUCCACCGCCUCAUCUGGGUCUCAGGGGCCUUAGUCUUGGACUACCGUUUCCGGUCUCUACCAGCGUGUCUGCUUUUGGCCGGGACGCAGUACCGAAGCAGUGUUGUGGCCUCGGUUCCCCUCCUGUGCGUUGGUCCAUACUGGGUGUCGGCGUGGUGGGCCUGGUGUGCGCGGGUGCUGGUGCUCUGCUGGGGGCCCUCAGGGCUUCUGGCCGCGAUCACAUUGCUGUUGCGCUUCUCAUGAUCGGUAUAGGAGUGGUUCUGGUAACCGUGAGCGCUGUAGCGUGGCGAGUGACCAGUCGAGAAAAUUGUGGCAGUUUCUUUGGUUUCACAGGGAUCUCGAGCAGGAUCCCACCGGCGAGGCCAAUUCAUCCGUACGCCGCCAUGAUUUAUCCGGAAUUCCAAUUUAGAACGCCACCGCCGAGUUAUCAGGCGAGCAUGCAAGAGUACAGGCUACGGCUGCUCCUUCUAGAUCGACUGCAGCCAACGUCCUCGCCACCGCCGACCUACAGAUCGAAUGCUGGAAGCAUUGUGACCCCCGGCACGACGAGAGAAAGCAGACCGCCGAGCUAUUGCGCUAGAUCAAACAUCGCGUCGAACACGAAUGUCACGCCGUCGAAGAAAGACGCGAAUCUCGUCAGGAUCGUUCAGACGGAAUCGGAGCCGGUGAUCCUAAGCGGCGAUCAAACGCCUCCAGUGGCGGCUGUCGAGGUUCUCGCGCAUCUCUGAUUCAUCCCCAUCGUUUUUUUCUGUAAUUAUCGCUAUUUAUCGCUAUUUAAGACGCUGUUGCAAUUCGUUCAAAAGAAGGCGCCGCAUCGAACGAUUUCGCGAGAGGGAAAUCAUGUCUGUCGUGUGUGCAAUACAAUUGUUAGGUUGUUCCAUAAGUAACGAGCCUUUUGAAAGACGUUCUUCAAUAUCAGUUUAUUCUUUCUCAAAACAUUAGCUUUCAACGAUUUCACACAUUUUAAUGAAACACAGUUAAGUGUUCCCUUCCCUUUUUACGAAGUUGAAGUGCAAUUCAGAAAUAUCGCCAAUGCAAUGGGAAAUUACGAAUAUUAACAUUGCAAUAUAACUUGUGGAAUGAUCUGAUACGUCAUUUGUGUUCAUUUGUCGUUCUGUCGAUAAUAAAGAAGCGUUAGACGCUCUGUAGAGUUGCCAAUGGUAGAGCAACGACUUUCUCUAAGAAAGGAGUUGUUUGUUAAAAUAUUUUGUGUCGCGCGGCUGCUGAAAGAGUCGUGCCAUUUGCAGUCGUUGGCAAAUUAGCGCUGCCUCCGAUCGAAAUCGAGUAUUAACCAUCCUUUUGGACUGCUGCUCGUUCAAUAUGAGGACAAAUAGGGGAAGAGACAGCAGCACUGACGGAAGAAAGAAAGAAUAAAUAUAAAUAUGGUUCGAUCAUGACGAAAUAUUUUUGCAAACGUUGAUGAGAUUAGAUGAUAUCUAAUGUCGAAGGAUUUUAAACGAUUGUAUUAUCAGAUGAAUGUUGUUUCGUUGUAACAAACGUUUUGAAGGGCGCGAGCAAUUAUAUUGCUUUGAUGCACGUUACAAUGUAUUUCGCCCAGAACUAUGUGUAUUUACGAGAAGAUACAGGUUUUUGUUCAUUCCGGAUGAUCAAGAAAUUGUAACCAUUGUAGAGAUGUAUUUAUCCCGCGCAAGAAAGCCAAUAUUUCUUGGAUUGUCGCUCUGUAUAUAUAUAUAACGACGUUAAAAUUUACUAUUACCGUCGUAUUUUCGACAUUAGAUUUGUAAAAUACUCGCGUAAAAUAGAGACUAUGUAUAUUACGGAAGGAUGCGUGAGAUGAAACAUGUUGAUAAUUUGUAUUCUUAACGUGCCGGUAGAAAUUUCGAAGGUCUUCCUCUUGUUACGAUUACUCAUGCCAGACUUCAUGAGAAAGGAAAGUUUGAAGAUUCGACGAAGUUAUGAAUUACUAUAUAAUAGGCUUGUGAUGUACUUGGAAAUACAUAUUGUUCAAAGAAAUUGCGGGAUAUUAUAAAAUGGUUUUGAGGUACAUGCAAACUUCGUUAAAAUUGUUCGAUACACCGUGACGUUUCUGUAAUUCGUGUUUUUUCUCGUUUUAUCGGAUUCUAAAAUUGUUUUAACACGUGUAUUUUUCAAGUCAGUUCAUACAAAUAGUAACAUUGACGAGAAUUUUAAACCUGCAUGAAUUUAUCGAAUUACCAUGGAACAUGGUGUAUGAGUGACAAAUAAAUAAAGUAGCUUUAAAAAUAACAGUGCUGCCGCAAGCUUUAACGCCAUACGGUAAUAUUUACUACUCGCUUUAUUAUUACCGACUUCUGUCGACGACGCAUCGAUAAAAGUCGAAAUGAAAAGAAUCUUGUGAGUUGCAUACAACAAUAUAUACAUAUUUUUGUAAUUAUAAUUUGAUGGUUGAAAACAAGUAUAACGCGCGUUAUGAUAGUGUCGGUUUUCAUAUGCAGUAAUAAAAUUGUUGACCCGUAACACUAUAGCUGUUUGCUGUAUUUCUCUAAGUGAAAAUUGUUUCAAUUGUCAAUAUAAUUUCGACUUAAAUACCAAAAAUUUACAUUUACACGUAUCGAAUAUUGUAAAAUACAAAAAAGGAAUUACGAUUUGUUGUUCAAACAAUUAAUGUCAAAGUAUCUAUUGAUCAUUAUAUUUUAUAAUUUUAACAUAUGAUUUUUAUUUCAUUUUUUUUUUUUUUUAUUAAUGUUAGAAAUUUAAAGUUAAAAGUCUCUUCAUCAUUUUUUAUAUCUCGUUGAUAAUAUUUUUACAUUUGAUAAUUUGAGCUAUUACUUAUAGUACGCGAUCAAUUUUUUAUUAUAUGCAUAAAACCGACAGAUUUAAAAUAGUAGAUAGAGUUGUAAGAGUGGUAAAUAGAAAGGCAAGAAUUUCGAAAGGCGGCCUUAACCAAACUCGCAAUGAUUCGUGAUAUGAGAAUAGAUCAACUAAAAAGUCAUCAAUUGAAUAAGUAUAUUGUUCCUUGAUAUUAUUGUAGAGCAAUUUGUAUAUAUAUAUAUAAAUAUAUAUAUAUAUAUAUAUAUAUAUAUACGAGAACAAAUAUAUUUAUCUGACUUA